CCGGACCGAGACGUUGAAAGGCAUGACGAUGUUUAGCUUCCCCCCUUUUGUUAUUCUGAGCAGAUUGUUCUCCCGCUCUGCAUCGCUCCUUGCUGUGGUGACGUGCUGUUCUUGGGAGCUGUCCCAGGAAUCAUGGCACUGAAACUGCAGCGUGAGCACAAAAUCAGCAGCCAAUGAUCACACAGACAAACCACCUAACAUUAGGACAGUCUCGAAAACUGGGAUGAAAUAUAAUUUAUGGAUACACGUGCACUGUUCUGUUCUUUAAAAACAUGGAAAUUCGGUGUUUUUUUCUUCAAAAAGCGACUGGUGUAUGUAUUGAAAACUAACGGCAGCUAGGCUACUGGAAGCUUUGAACAGCAUGCCAACGACAGACACAGUUUCGUUUUUUUUUUGUCUAGCUUUGGAUAGUUAUCUAUGAACAGAUAUCGGAUUGUCCUGACAGAUUUUGUUUGAUACACCGUUUGUGAUGAAUGGCACAUCGAUGGAAAAACUCAUACAGAUAUUCUCAAUGGUUAUUCACCAGACAUCAACAAUGAACCAAUGGGAUGUUGCCUGUCUUUAGGACCACUCUGGAAUAUACUGUGGGAAUAGACUACAUUUUUUGGGGGGGAUUAAAAUCUGAAAGCCUGUUUUAAAUAUUCAUUGAAGUUCUAGCCUAAACAACCCAAAUAUCCAAUGUAUUCAGAUACUUGUUUGCGCCAAUGGAAUAUGUUAUUUAUUUUGAAAAGGUACCAAGGCAGUUUGGACUUUUUUUGGGGGGGUAACACAUCCCCGUAUGUAAACAUCACAUUUUAUUCGAUGAUUUGUAGAGGAACUUUUUAGCCUCAUUGUCAUCGCAUGGUGCUGCUAAUUCCUCAGUGAUGCUGCGUGGUCUGGACAUGCUGAAGAGCCGCUGUUGCGUCCUAUUUGGUGACCUGAAGGUGCUGUUACUCCGGACCCCGACUCCGGUAUCGAUCCCCACGACCGGACACAUACCGGACAGCCACGUGGUCCCUUCAGAAGUCAGUGUACCGGACAACAACACGUUAACGGCCCAUGAGGGGCAGCGGGACGUUUGGACUGCCCCGCCACCGGGGGCUGCCAACGGGCCGGAGAGAGACAGACUCUCAGGCUGGGUUGAUGCGGCGGCGACAGAGCCGUCGGAGGUGUUACACUGCAGCGGCUCCUCUGAUAGCUGGGCUAAGGACAAACUGGAACAGAGGUUCUCCUUGUGCAGUUAUAGUGAGAGUGGCAGCAUCAGGACACCUGUCUGCAGGAUCUGCUUCCAGGGACCUGAAACGGGGGAGCUGCUGAGCCCGUGUCGCUGCAGUGGGUCGGUCCGCUGUACCCACCAGCCCUGCCUCAUCAAGUGGAUCAGUGAGAGAGGAUCCUGGGCCUGUGAGCUCUGCUACUACAAGUACCAGGUCAUCAGCAUCAGCACCAGGAACCCACUACAGGUGAGCUGCUACCACGCCAGCUACUACGACAAGGCCACUGACAGUGAGGACCUGAAGACAGCAGCCACGGUGCGGACUCUCUCUCAGCCUCAGUCUAGCCAGAGAAACCAGCCUGGGACAGGACUAGGUCUAUCCUCCGCUGCUGCCGCCACGGCUACAGCAUCACCGGCCGCAGGGAUAGGGCUGAUCACACAGGGCUCCACUGAGCAGGCCGGUGGGACAGCUGGACCAGACCAACACUGUGCUGCCUACAAUAUCCUCCAGCUCCUCAGCCACCUGAGGCAGCCAGAGGCCCACGGCCACCCCAGCCACAGCACCCGGGAGCUGGUCAUGAGAGUCACUACAGUCUGA